AUGGAAGGUUUUUAUGGUGACGGAAAUGAUAAAGAUUAUUGCAUAUGGUGUUUGAAAGGAGGAAAUGUAACUCAGCCUUUAUCCAAACUCGAACGAAUUUCACUAGUUUGUGAAUUUAAAAUUUAUUGUUCAGCAAAUGCUAGACGUUGUAAAGGUGGAUGUGUCGAUAUUCCAGUUGAAAGAUCGGGAGAAUCAACUUAUCUUACACAUGACCAGGUGAUUCUACUUGUUACUGAUUUGAUUCAUGAAGUGAAUCGUGUCAAACAUAUGCCUCUAUUAGAUGAAAAUGACUCUAUAAUUUCCGAAGAGGACUAUCCAGCAUGGACAGGAUGGAGUUUAACUCAGUUAAAAGAUAUGUGCUCACUUAUUAAUCCUCAAAUGCGUACAUCCAAACAUCGUUUACCAUUUGAAGCUGUUUGCAUGUAUUGGAUAAAAUUAAAAACAAAUCUAUCUUUCAGACAAAUUGGGACAUUAUUUAAGAUUCAAACCAAAGAAGAAAAUAUUCGGAGAAGGGUGGAAAAUAUUUUUCAUACAGUUUCACGUUAUUUAUAUGAUGCAAUAGUUCCAUCAAACUUAGGCUUUCACCAUCUUUCUCGUGCCGAUGCUUUAACACACCAUACUGCUUAUACUGAAACAUUUUUUGGACCUAGUUUAGCAUUAAUAUGGGAUGGAACGUACAUUUAUUGUAACAAAAGUGAAGAUCAUAAAUUUCAAAAGGAAACUUACUCUGGUCAAAAAUGUCGUCAUUUGGUUAAGUUUAUGUCUAUAGUUUUACCUGACGGUUAUGUCUUUGACUUAAUUGGACCAUUCAAUGGAAAAGAAAAUGAUGCAAAAAUAUCGAAGGCGAUUCUCGAGAUGAAUGAUGACUUAUCUAUGAUCUGCGAAGCUGGUGAUACACAGAUUGUUGAUCGUGGAUUCCGCGACGUAGCCGAUGCAUUCGAAGAAUUAGGAUUCGAUGUGCAAAUGCCUAGUUUUCUUGAAAAAGGUGCUAAACAGCUUGAAACAGAACAAGCAAACGAAACAAGAAUGGCAACAAAAACUAGAUGGGUAGUCGAGUCGUUUCAUUCUCAGUUUAAAAAAUGGCGGUUUUUUUCUGAGAGAAUCAGCCAAGAUUUUCUUGUAAACAUCGAUGUUCUGGUCCGAACAGUAGCUGCCAGCUUAAACAAAUAUCGACCUCGUCUUUUUCACGGAAAGUCACCGGACGACUAUGCCUUAGCCACUAAAAUGUUGUUAAUGCAUAAUAAAACAAGUCAACUUCAACAACUAAUUUCUCAAGGAGAUUUAUCUUUAAGAAAAAAUUGGAAAAACAUAGUUCAUUUUGAUAUUCAUUUUGAUUUUCCAUAUUUAACACUUGAUUUUCUCCGAGAAUACACUUGCGGCGUUUAUCAAAUUAAGCAAAGUUCAACUUACGCAAAAGCACAUUUAUAUGACCAUGGUGGUGAAUUUGAAUAUCAACUUUCAUCUUCCGAUGAUAACAUUCUUCGUUGUCGAAUACAUAGUAAACAUUCAUCAACAUCAAAGUAUUUCUUAUUGAUACAUUUCGACAAAAAUGGCACUCAUGAGCCGAUAAAAGACCACUAUUGCCAGUGCAAGUCCGGGGCAAGACAACUAGGAUGCUGCUCGCACAUAGCUACUGUUCUCUGGUACAUGGGCAACGCACGGCACAUCACCUGGAUUCCAUCAAUAAGAACUGAUGAUUAUCGAGAAAAAAUAUUAAAAUGUUAA